CUUGGUAGAAUCAGUGUCAGUUGCUGGCUUCUGCUCUGGGUUUGAAUCUCUCCUUUCAGUUUGAGCUGGAUGGCUAACACUCUGUUGGCAGGGCCACAGGCAGCCAAUGAGCCCAUCUACACUGAGCUGGUAACAUUGACAGAGGGAGAGCAGCAGCAGGGCUGUGGGAGAGAGGAGGAGGAGGAGCAGCAGCAGCAGCAGGAGGAGCAGGAGAAAGAUGUGCAGUGGUGUGGGGGUGUUAAUAGGGAGCUUGGCUUCUCUAAACCCCCAGCCUGGCAGCAAAACAGUGAGCGGGCUUUCACCUGCAGAACACAGAGCUCUGGACCCCAGCAAGAUACUCACCGACAGGUGAUCGAACACUCUGAGGACACAGAGAUUGGUCCCAGUCAAUCGCCCUCUCGACCAACCGAACAUUGCCGACCCCGCUUCAAUCUGCUGCACCCUGAGGAGGAUGAGGACAAUGGCCAAAAAUUGACCAAGAAGCAGAGAUGUUCGGCCUCGCCAGUGACCCACCAUUACUCGGAUUCAGCCCUGAGCAGGAGACCGUCACACUGGGGUGACCCCUCCAGACUAACUUUUCGAUGUGAACCAUUCCCGUUUCCCACUGUGGCUUCAGCCAGCCUUGUCCACACUGGGUCCCGACAGCCCUGCUUGUUAUCCAGCUUCCCGGUCAAGCCUUUACAGAAGGAGAGCGUGCCACUACCUCCGGUCUCAACUUCAGCCCCCCCAGGGGAAGGUCUUCCUCCUGCCUUAGACAGCGGGAAUAGCAUGAAGGUGAUGGGACUAUAUGCUGACCUGGUGAAGGAACUCCAGGAGCAGGUAAUGGAGCUGCAGCGACGUGAGCAGGCACAGGCAGAGGCAGUACUUUUGCGGGAGCAGCGCAUCGAGGCACUGGAGAAGGAGAACCGGAGGCUGAAAGAUCAGUUACAGAAACUCGAGGAGGAGAAUGACCUUUUGUCCAGUGACAGUGAGCGGGGCAUCACCAUGCGGAAUCUGCAGGCAGGAGCACUGGAUGCAUCCAAAAAGAGCAUAAAAUUCUUGAGGGACCUUGUUGAACUACUCGAGUCAAAUAUGGAAACCCAGAAUCCACCAUCUGACAGUAAGUUACCGCUGGUUUCGCUAGGUCUGCCACCAGUUCGGAUUGCUGAGGAGACUGUCACCCCUGUCAAGUCUUACAGGGAGGUUAAUGAUGAUGCCAGUGUCACCAUCACUCGGAACAGGCUGGAGGAGAGAUUUACCAGUCCGCUUGGGCAUCAGGAAAUUCAGACCCUGGGCAAGGCCAUGAAGGACACUCUACCAGAUGGUUCACCGGUCUGGGCAUGUGCCAUUGAGGCAAAUGGGAGACCUAAGUCGGAACUGAUCCCUGAAUCAGGUGUGUAUCUCACCAACAGAGAGCUGGAUGAACUGUCUCACCUCCCACGGGAUAAACCAAAGCUGAUGACUCGGAAGCUCCUGGGAUAUUUCUUCUCGGAUCAGACCUUAGCACGGUCAUCAGCUCGAGGAAAACGCAUUGCCCACAACAAGACCACCAUGGAGAAGCCAAUAUGUCUACCCACUGCAGUCACUUACACCAUCAAAGAUUACGUUACUUCUGUGUGCGGGAGGGGAUGUGACUUUACCGCCGUGAUUAACAGCAAGUGUGCCAGUUCCAGGAGGGCAGUGAGAAAGCUGAUGGAAAAGAUGGAGUGAAAGAAAUGCCCUCGUUCAGAGCUGGGGAGAGUGAGCAGCCAAGGCGAUUGAGAUUAUUCUUAUCAAGCUACCUUGAGGAACAUUUCACAUGCAUUUUUCUCCCAGCAGUCGCUGAUUUUUAACCAGCGAACUUGUUGUUGCUUUGCAGAAGGGAAGAGUGUUUUUAAUCUGAGGACCAUUAUUGACCACAGAAAUUAAGUGAUUUACUGGACUCAAAAUGGAGAAAGGGAUGAGUGGGAGCAGAGGCUGCUUGCGAUUGGAGCGACUUGUACUAUUUGAAAAACAAAUGGGGGAACAUAAAUAGUGUGAAUUUUUAUCUUAAAAUUUUGCACGAUGCUGUAUUUCUGAUAUCUAUUGUGCUUAAAAGUCUUUUAAUUAAAUAUUUUCUAUGUU